AUGCAUAGAAUGGCCGACGAACUCAAAACCUCAAGAAGGCGCGAACACCGGUGGAAACUGAUCCUCUGGAGUCCAAAAAACACCAAGGAAGAAGAAAGGAAGGAGACGAUCGAACAGAAUACAGAUGGCCAAAGGAAUCACAUCACGAGCCAUUGGCGCGCACACGAAAGAUCUCCGAAUCCACACUACAAUGAAUUCCUUACAAUUCAAGAGAUGGCCGAUGGAGUGAAAUUUGGCCGAUCGCGAGCAAGUAAAAUGGCCGACAAUCCAAAUCACGGCAUUUACCGCGGCCACCGGCUCAAAUCACCUCAAUCAAGCAUCCACAUCGCAUCUAAAGAAGAAAAUCCGAUUGGAACGAGCAGAAUUGGAGAAGACCGAAGGAAGACGUUCCCGGAGCCAAUUUGA